AUGCUUAUCUAUGAUCGUGGACGGGGCUUCGAUGAUUCUUCGGAGUCCACAUCCACAUCAACUCCCACACGAACAACAGCGCCUCCUCAGAUUGAUACACUGAUCACCACCGUUACGGGCCAGGCGACAACUAUUGUCGUGACACAACCCGCCGCCACCAGUGACAAUUCGGUCUUAGGCCAGUCCGCUUCUGGGGACGGAGGCGGCGUAAGUGGCGGUACUAUCGCCGGAAUCGUCAUUGGUGUGGUUGGUGGUCUCGCCCUGAUUAUCGGUGCACUAGUCUGGUUCUUCUACCGACGGCGCCGUCGUAGUCGUGAGAACAGCCUGCCGAACAGCUUCAUUGCGGAAAGAACUGGCGGCAGCAGUAGCGGCCAACAGAGCAACAGCAUUCCGUCGAGACAGGUCAGCCAAAUGUCUCAAGCAGGUCUUCUUGGUGCCAAAGCACCACGGAUUCAAACUAGUGGGUUUGGAGGUGGUUUUGGCUACGACCCCCGAAGUCCUGACCCAGCUUCAUCGACCGUCGAUCGUCGAAGUUUAGGGACAGAUCAACGGCUCAAUCCUAGUGCUCUCUACCAUCCAGACGAUGAACUGGAUAGCGUUUCUCUCCACGACAACCGAGACUACUCACGAACAUUGCGGGUACGUUCCUGA